AUGGCACUAGUGCUUAGAAGAGUUGCAGCUGCAUUGGGAUGCACGCCACACCACAUUCGAGUCUUGUCUCAAUUGGGUUUUGGCCCUUGUUAUAGUUCCAUUGUUGGGUCUGAUUCGUCUGAUUUCCAGAGCUGGCCUAAUGGAGGUGGGUGCUUUCACAAGUCAGCCAGCAUUGACCCAACAGCUUUUGUGGAGAUUGGUGCUGUUGUGCAUUCGAAAGCCGUUGUGGGUGAACAUGUUUGUAUUGGUUCUGGAGCUGUUAUUGGACCUGGUGUUUCAGUUGGGCAAUCGACGAAAAUAGGCUUCAAUGUUUCACUUAGUAACUGCACUAUAGGAGAUUCGUGUAUAAUCCACAAUGGCACAUGCAUCGGUCAAGAUGGAUUUGGGUUUAUGGUGGAUGAGUAUGGGAAAAUGUUAAAGAAGCCUCAGAUGCUGAAUGCUAGGAUAGGGAACUUUGUGGAGAUUGGUGCAAAUACAUGCAUCGACAGGGGAAGUUGGAGAGAUACCGUUGUAGGAGAUCAUUCGAAGAUUGAUAAUUUAGUUCAGAUUGGUCAUAAUGUAGUUAUUGGGGAGAACUGCAUGCUUUGUGGUCAAGUUGGGAUUGCAGGCUCGGUGACGAUAGGAGACUAUGUGACUAUGGGAGGAAGGGUAGCGGUUCGUGACCAUGUUUCCAUUGUAUCAAAGGUUCGGCUUGCUGCUACUAGCUGUGUUACGAGGGACAUUAAAGAAGCUGGAGAUUAUGGUGGCUUCCCAGCUGUUCCAAUCCGCGAGUGGCGGAGACAAGUUGCAAUCCACAGUCAGACAUCAACAAAGCGGAACUCUUAGUAUCACCGCAUGCUACUAAGCCCUUUCUUCUUAAUGGUGCAGGGUGAUUGCUGUACGUUUGCAUAAUAUCGAAUUGAUAUGCAGAUGAUGUACUUUCUUCUCUUUUCAGGUUCCAAUCCGCUAGUGGUCAUGACAAAUUCCAAACCAGUCGGAAAUCAAAAUGGCGGAACCCCUUAAUAUAUGUCACUAGAAAGGAACCAGGUUCCACCCUUAUGCUAUUAAAUCCAUGUAUUGUCAUUAUGAGCUUGUGAAGAACUUGACUGCUUAGCAACGAGGUAACUGUCUAGUAA